AUGGAUGAAGGCGCCCCUACAGAAGCCGAGUGGAUGGGCGCCCUGGAGCAGGCGCUGCUGCUCGGCCUCAACUCCACGGACGAGUUCACCUUCCGGGACUGCGUGUGGCGCAGAGGCGGCGACCGUGACGCCUGCCCUGACCCAGACAUCCACCUGUACCUCUACACCAGCGCCAACGCGAGCCGCGUGGAGGUGCCGCAGUCGCGGGCGGCGCUGGCGAGAGGGCAGUGGCUGCGAGAGGCCGUCGGGGGCGGCGGCGGCCUGGCCGGCCGGCAGCUGGUGCUGCUGGUGCACGGGUACGCCGGCGGAGACGGCCUGCUGCCCGCCGUCGUGCUGCGCGACGCGUACCUGCGCUCGGGCCGCUUCUGGGUGCUGGUGGUGGACUGGGGCGCACUCGGCCGCCCCCCCUGCUACCCGGCGGCCGUACACAACCUGCGGACCGCCGCCAGCUGCCUGGCGCGCCAACUGUCCGCGCUGCGCCAGCUCGCCGGACUGGCGCCAGCAGCCUGUGUCGGCCACUCGCUAGGAGCACACCUCUGCGGCCUGCUGGCGCGACAGCUGCGCUUCCGCCUGCCCUCCAUCAUCGGCCUGGACCCGGCGCGGCCGCUGGUGAGGGCGGCGCUGCGGCUGGCGCAGGGCGACGCCGGCCACGUGCAGACGCUGCACACCAACGCGGGCCACUACGGCGAGGUGGCGACGCCGCGCAUGGCGCACGUCUCCGUCUGCGUCAACGGCGGCCGCCUGCAGCCCUUCUGCCUCGACAAGACAGACCCGCACCUGUGCAGCCACGUGCGCUCCGUCUGCCUGCUGGCCGAGACGCUGCAGGCGGAGGGCGCGCGUCGCGCCGCCCCCUGCGGGAGAGCAGCCCACAGGCCGGGCAGCUUCCUCGCGGCCACCAGGCCCGGCGGUCUGCUGUUCGGACACCUCGCGCCCCCCAGCGCGCCGCCCCCGGAGGCCGACCGCGACUCGCAGGAGGUGCACGGCACGGCCGCCCCCCUGCUGGCGUGGCAGCUGGCCACGGCGGAGCCCGCGCGCCACCAGCCCGCCACCGUCUCGCAGGGCUACGCGGCCGUCAAGGGCUGA